CACUCCUCCACAGGCUGGGCCCCACCCCUCCUCUUCUUUCUGGCCUCACGUUUACUCCCUUCUCUCUUGACCUUAUCUUUCGCUCUUCUUCCUCCUUAGUUGCCGACACUGCCCAAGGAAAAAGUAUGACCGUCACUCCCCCUUUGCACCCGCAGCAGGCGAUUCAUGUGCAGUCGAUCGACGAGCCAGAGGCAUUCUGGCUCCGUGCCGCUCGGGAUAUCCACUGGCACGAACCACCCACGGUGGCCUAUGGCAAGCUCUCGUCGUCGUCGUCGUCGUCGCCCUACCUCGACGAGCAGGGCCGAAGCUGGUUCCCCGGUGCGAAGCUCAACACCUGCUUCAACGCCCUCGACCGCCAUGUCUACCCUCCCGCCCACGCCGGCGCACCUCCUCUGACCCCCUCGCCGCUGAGCCCGCACCUGCCCUUUGACGCACGCCGUGCCGAAAAGAUUGCCUUCCACCACGUCAGCCCGCUGCCCUUUCAGACGCACCAGUACCGUGCCAUCACCUAUGGCCAGGCGCUUGAAACUGUGCAGACGCUCAGCGGCGUCCUCAAGGCCAGGGGCGUGCGCAAGGGCGAUGUCGUGACCAUCUACAUGCCCAUGAUCCCCGAGACGGCGCUGGCCAUGCUCGCCUGCGCACGCAUCGGCGCCAUCCACAGCGUCGUCUUUGGCGGCUUCGCCCCGCGCGAACUCGCCAAGCGGAUCCAGGACGCCAAGGCGAAGCUCGUCAUUGCUGCCAGCUGCGGCCUCGAGCCAAAGGGCCCCGUUGCGUACAAGCCCCUCGUCGAUGAGGCGCUGCGUUUCAGCGAACACAAGCCCGCCUCUGGUCUCCUCUUUUUGCGGCGACACACGAUCCGCGGCCAUACACCGGAGACGGUCGCCAAGCAGGGUGCCUCGGGCCCCGGAGGGGUGCCCGAGUGGGACUGGGAUGACGAGUGCGAGCUGACGAGGCAGGGCAAAGACGGCCGCGACAAGUGCUGGUCCUGCCACCCGGUCGGCUCAGAAGAGCCCGUCUACACCCUCUACACGAGCGGCACCACGGGCACACCAAAGGGCGUGGUCCGUCUCAGUGGCGGCCACGCCGUGCAGCUGCGCUACAGCAUCGAGCACACGUUUGGCAUGACGCCAAACGACACGAUGCUCUGCGCCAGCGACCUCGGCUGGGUCGUCGGACACUCUUAUAUCCUCUAUGCACCUCUCUUCCUUGGCGCUGCGACCGUCAUCUUUGAAGGUAAACCCGUGACGCCCGAUGCCGGCAUUCUCUGGCGGACAAUUUCGUCGCUCGGCGUCACCCACCUCUUCACUGCCCCAACUGCCUUGCGAGCGGUGCGGGGCCUGGAUCCUACGGGCGCCAUGAUGCGCGCCCCCAUGGUGAGCCUGCGAACGCUCAGAACACUCUUCCUCGCUGGAGAGCGCAGCGAGCCGCAGAUCGUCGAGGCCUAUGCCAAGCUCUUCAAGGAGCUCGGUGCUCCUGGUGCGAGUGUGAACGACAACUACUGGAGCACCGAGUCGGGCAGCCCUAUCACUGCGCUCAUGCUCGGCAGCGCUUGGGGCGCCCUCCCGUCGCGACCUGGCUCAGCCGGUCUCCCGCAGGUCGGCAUGAACGUCCAAGUCGUCGACGACGAAGGCCGUCCGGUGCCCCAAGGCACGAUGGGCAACCUCGUUCUGGCGCGUCCGCUCGCGCCCAGCGCCCUGGGCGGGCUAUGGAACAAUGCAAAGGGCUUCCAGUCGAGCUACUUUGACCGCUUCAAGGGAAAGGGAGAGUGGUUCGACACGGGCGACGCCGCCGUGCUCGACGAUCAGGGCUACGUGACGAUCCUGGCGCGCAGCGACGACAUUAUCAAUGUCGCCGGCCACCGGCUGGGGACGGGACUGAUCGAGCAGGUCGUUACGGGUCACAAGGAUGUCGUCGAGUGUUGCGUCGUGGGGGCUCCAGAUCAGACAAAGGGUCACCAGCCAUUUGCGCUCGUCGUCUCUUCGCAGAGCAACACGGGCAGCAAGGGCGAUGAAGUCGCGGCCAUGCUCAAGUCCAUCAACGACCACAUCCGCCAAGAGAUUGGACCAAUCGCGACGCUCGGCGGCUUGGUCGCUACGAACAAGCUCCCAAAGACUCGCUCCGGUAAGACGCUCCGAAAGACGGUGCGAGCGAUCGUCGAGAAUGCAGCCGAUGGAAAAGCAAACGACGAAAAGACGCUGCCGAUCCCACCUACGAUUGAGGAUCGCGAUUGCCUGGCAGAUAACAUCGCAAAGAUUGAAACAUACUUUAACUCCCGCCGCUCGAAGGCGAAGCUGUAAGACUUUACACAGACACCGUGCAAUGAUUAGUGUUUGCGAUUCGG